UCGAAUGAUACGAAAUCGUGAUAAUUUUCUAACCAAAUAGUUUGUUUACUAAUUUAAUCUCCUGAUUUUCAAAAAAUGCAUAUAAGCCUUACAUAAUGAUUCGAUUAAUUGCGAAACGAUUUGUUGGUUUGCAGAAUCUAAAAACAAUCAAAGAAACAAUACCUUUGAAUUUCAGACGAAUACAUGUUACUUCAGGUCUUAGGCAUGGUGAAUACGAGUGGCAGGAUCCCAAGUCAGAAGAUGAAGUAGUGAACAUCACAUAUGUAGACAAAGAUGGCAAGAAGACUAAAGUGAGAGGCAAGGUCGGGGACAAUGUAUUAUACCUAGCUCAUAGAUAUGGCAUUGAAAUGGAAGGAGCAUGUGAAGCGUCACUCGCCUGUACCACAUGCCAUGUGUACGUACAUCCAGACUAUUGUGAUAAGCUCCCAGAAUCGGAGGAGAAAGAAGAUGAUUUGUUGGACAUGGCACCAUUUUUAAAAGAAAAUUCUAGAUUAGGCUGUCAAAUAGUACUGACCAAAGAACUAGAAGGCAUGGAGCUCAUACUACCAAAGGCAACUCGAAACUUCUACGUAGACGGACAUAAACCUCAACCACAUUGAAAUUAUGGCUGUUUUAGUUUUAAGAAUUCAAUCUUACUGCGUUUAAUACUAUCAAAGAUUCUGUGAUGUAAGGAUAAAUUGACUCCAUGCAAUAACCAAGUUGCAAAAUUUACUCCUUUUGACUUGGUCAUAUUUUGUAAGAUUCCAAUAAGUAGAUCCAAAAGACAAUAGUUGACAUAGAUCUAGCUAGAUACCGCCAGUUCAAACCCUUCUAUCUAUAAUAUAAAAAUGUUUCUUUUUUAAAAUGUUCGGUAACGAAUAAUUGCCGGAAAAAUCCCAUAAACAGCCCUUUUCUUUUUCCCAUACAAACAUUUUCUAACUAAAACCUAGAGUCAAUUUGAGCCUUAUUGCUUCUGUAUAAAGUUCACGCCCUGUCACCAGGGUGACGGUUCUGUUCAGCAGAAUUUUUUGCCUCGAUUAUAAAAUAGGAAAGAACAAAAACUGCUGUUACAAAUCUUUUUGGCAGAACGAAAGUCUGUCGGGUCCGCUAGUAUGAAAAUAAAAUGUAUCAAGGGUUCGUUGCUUAGGUACUACAAAGUUAACACAACAGUGUAAAAUAACCAUCAAAAGUUUCAUAUUAUACAUUUUAUAUACUUGUUUAUCAAAGAAAAAUUACAAUAAAUUGAAUGAUAUAGUUUCAAAAAGAGAUCCUUUGGAAUACACAAAGCAAAUACGCUUGCGGGACUAGAUAGAUUUAUGUCUUUGUUUUCAAUCGUCCAAAGUCUUUAUGUUGCACAAUUAUACGUAAUUUGUACAUUGUUACUGUUGUUGUUUUAAUUGUAAAAAAUGUAGAUAGAAUUAAAAAAAUAAAACUAUUUCAUUUAAAAUCAGUCUUUAUUUUUAGUUUUGUUUUAGUUACAAUACAUUAAUAAUUAGAAUAAAAGUUUUAUCACAGUUUAUAAUUUAAAUGCGUAACUAGCGCUUUAAAAAAAACGCACUACGCGAGUUUUUUAUUACAAUUGUAUUUUUUUUUACCUACCUAUCUCUUGGUUGUAAUAAUGUGUGCGUCUUAGCCUAUAAGUAUUAUCAAGAAUAUGGUGUAAUGCUCAUCAUCUCCGCAGAUGACUUUCAACAUGAACUUUCAAUGACUGUUUGUACACAGUUUUAUAACUACAUUGGUCACAAUAAAGCAUAUUUUUAUCUGGAUAAUGUUUCUGAAUAUGAUAAUUUAAACCAGUCAUAUCUGUAAAACUGCUCUUACAGCCAUCAAAAUUACAAGUGAACGACUUAUUGCUCGUAUGUAUUCGUUCAUGAUUUCUUAAAUUAGAUUUGUGGUUUGUCGCAUAAUCGCAGUACUCACAUUUAUUACGUUUUUCCGUUGAAUGUGUAUAAAUAUGCUGCUUCAAAUGCGACAUUUUGUGCGUUCUAUAUCCGCAAGUGUUACAUAUGUGUAAUUUAUUUUGCAAUACAUUAUGGUUUGUUUUCAAAUGGUAUAUCAUUUCUUGAGUUUCGCUAAAGGCGGCAUUGCAGUGAGGGCAGGAAUUGGCAACAUUUUCUAUUUUAUGUUCCUGUAUGUGAUUCUUUAACUUUGUUAAACAACUAAACCUUUUUCUACAAAGAUGGCAUAAAGGUUGGCUGCUUCUGCGUUUUUUUAGUAUGUUAUUCUUCAAAGAGACAACUUCAGCCGGAUGCUUCAUGUUCACGUGGUAUCGUAAGCUUGUCAAUACUGUGUAUGUCCGAUCGCAAAAAUUGCAGAUUAAUUUUCCAGAACUAUCGAUCGCUCUGUACCAGGUGACUGAAUCUUCUUGAUUACUCUGAAAAUAAACAUAUUUUAUAUAUAAA